CAGUAAAUUGUAAUUUAUUUAUAAUUUUUUUUAAUUAAUGAAUUGCCACUGACAAUAUUAAUUUUUAAAAACUAUACAUUUGAAGACAAUUCGUUGUAAUUAACGUGUACCUAUAAAUUAUUAAAUGAAUAUUUUACGCGAUCGAACAUUCUACGUUCUAUGAAAAUUCUCGAUUUCCUGUACGCAACAAUGCGCAACGAUUGAUUACCUAACAUAUUAUAAUAAAUUAAAUAAUAAAAUAAUAACAAAAUAAUAAAAUCAACGACUACUACGGUAUUAUAAAAUAGUCUUCCAGCAUUUAUUCCUGGAGGAUAUAUUUGCAGUUAAACAAAAACUGUAAAAUAGCAUUAUGUAAACACGGAAUCCGAAUAAGUGCACUCGUGUUUUGCAUGUCGGUUAGACACGGUUAACCCGAUGCAUAUUGAAUUUUCUAACUAUAAUCUAGUAUCGUCGAACAGUUAUUACGAAAAUAGCGUGCGUUUGUUGUUGGUCCUAGUUCGAUAUUUUUUCGUACAUAUAAUAUUUUAAUUACAAUACCUAUGUAUUUUAUUGUUGUUUAUUAUUUUAUUGUAAAUUAAACUCGAUACGUGCAAGUUUCGGUAACACAAUCGUUAAGUUUUAUUUUUAUGGGAAAACAUCAGAGAUAUUCAAGCUGUGCAAGUCCAUCGUCACGCGGUUUGUGUUCGUAUACGUUGUGAAGAAUUGUUUCGUCGAAAUAAAUAAUUUCGUUCGCGUAGAUUACAUUCAUAAUUAUGUACCUGUCUAUCAAAAAUUAAAUGAAAAUAAUUUCUUUAUAUUUUCCUAAAUUAAAAAUUGAGUAAGUAUCAAAUCUUCUCAGUCUGCGCAAUAAAUAUAUAUAUUAUAUUGAUCUGAUAGUAAAAAACUUCCUUACCGCGUGUCGUGCGUGCCCUGCCCUCCCUACCCUCGCCAUCUAUUUCGUAAUGAUGGCUCCGAGAAAAUACGCAUCGUCGAAGCCACUGAACGAUGAACUCGUCCGCCGUUUUCAAUAUUGGAAGUCCGCACCGGAAUACAAGGCUUGCUACACUACUGGGACAAAAAUCUGGAUCCCUUGCCAUUCAGAAGUAUGGCAAACAGCAGAGAUAAUAGAGGCAUAUGAUGGACAUAAAUUAACAGUAAGAAAAAUUAAAUCAAGAGAUGAACAAGUCAUUAAGAUAUCUUCAGAUGAAGAACUUCCACCUCUUCAGAAUCCUGAUAUACUUCUCGGAGAAAAUGAUCUGACUUCAUUAUCAUACCUACAUGAACCAGCUAUUCUGUACAAUUUAUAUUGUAGAUUUGUUCAAAGUCAUGCAAUUUACACUUAUUGUGGUAUUGUCUUAGUUGCUAUUAACCCUUAUAAAGAUCUUGAUAUCUAUGGCAUUGAUACAAUGAUGGCAUACAGAGGUCAAACAAUGGGCAGUUUAGAUCCCCAUGUAUUUGCUGUUGCAGAACAAGCAUUUAAUAAAAUGGAGAUAGAAAACAAUAAUCAGAGUAUCAUAGUUUCUGGUGAAUCUGGUGCAGGAAAAACAGUUUCUGCUAAGUAUGCAAUGAGGUAUUUUGCUACGAUUAGUGGAUCUGAAACUGAAACUCAAGUUGAGAAGAAAGUUUUGGCCUCUAGUCCCAUAAUGGAGGCUAUUGGAAAUGCCAAAACAACUAGAAAUGAUAAUUCAUCUCGUUUUGGAAAGUAUAUUGAACUUCAUUUUAAUGAUCGGAAUCACAUAACAGGGGCCAGUAUGCGAACAUAUCUACUUGAAAAGUCUCGUGUUGUACACCAAGCCGUUGACGAACGAAAUUAUCAUAUAUUUUAUCAAUUAUGCUCUUCUCGUGAAACAUUCCCUCAUUUACAACUAGGUGAUUCGGAAGAAUAUAUUUAUUUGGCUUCCCAACCAAGUAGUGAUAAUGACCGUCAAAGUUUUUUUGAGACAGUCAAUGCUCUUAAUACAUUAGGAUUUUCCCAGGAAGACCAAGAUCUUAUGUGGAAAGUAUUAGCAAGUAUUUUACAUCUUGGUAAUAUUGAAAUUGCUGACAAAACUCAAAAAAAUCCUGGAGAUAGUGAUUCGUGUUAUAUAUCGUUGAAAGAUCCUAGUUUAGAAAUAGUUUCAACUUUACUAGACAUCAAUAAAGGAGAACUUCAAAAAUGGCUAUGUUAUCGUAGAAUUGUCAGCAUGAAAGAAACUUAUGAAAAACCAAUGACUGCAGUUGAGGCAUGUGGAGCCCGUGAUGCUUUAGCCAAACACAUUUAUGCUUCAUUAUUUCAAUGGCUGAUAUCAAUAAUGAAUAGAACAAUGUGUGAAACUUCGCCAUCGACUAAUUGUCCAAUAAUUGGUGUCUUGGACAUAUAUGGUUUUGAAAUGUUUGAACUAAACAGCUUUGAACAAUUUUGUAUCAAUUACGCCAAUGAAAAACUUCAACAGCAAUUUAAUUUACAUGUAUUCAAACUUGAACAAGAAGAAUACGGAAAAGAAGGAAUUGAAUGGAAGUUCAUUGAUUUUUAUGAUAACCAACCUUGCAUUGAUCUGAUUGAAUCUAAGUUAGGUAUACUUGAUCUUCUUGAUGAAGAAUGUCGAAUGCCUCAAGGAUCAGACGCAUCUUGGACUCAAAAACUAUAUACCAAAUGUAUUAAAUGGGAUAGGUUUUCAAAACCUAAAUUUGCUGGAAGCGCUUUCACAAUUAAACAUUUCGCUGGUGAUGUUGAAUAUUAUUCUGAUGGAUUUUUGGAUAAAAAUAAAGACACAGUUUUUGAAGAUCAAGUUAAUGUAUUGAGAAAUGGGAAAAAUGCUAUGUUACGUACAAUAUUUAUGGUAGAAAGUUCAAUUGAUCGCAGGCUUAGUGUCCCAGAUCGUAAAGCCAAUAUUCUUACAACUCCAAAAUCAGCCACAAUUGGAGCAACUUCAAAAUCUCGAAUGUUGACUCCUAUGAGACCAAUAUGUGCAACCAUAGGUUCACCUACACAUUCUAAACAAAAUAAGAAAACAGUUGGUUCACAGUUUAGAGAUUCACUUAAUGCCCUCAUGACAACACUUAAUGAUACUACCCCACAUUAUAUAAGGUGUGUUAAACCAAAUGAUAGCAAGUUACCAUUUGUGUUUGAGCAUCAACGAGCUGUUGAUCAAUUGCGAGCAUGUGGUGUGUUAGAAACAAUACGUAUUAGUGCUGCUGGCUUUCCUUCUAGAUGGACCUAUGUAGAUUUCUUCUUAAGAUAUCGCGUAUUAUUGAAAUCAAAGAAAAUUAAUAGAGAUGAUCCUAAAUUAACUUGUCAACGAAUUGUUGAAGAACAUAUUAAAACUGAAGACAACUAUAAGUAUGGUAAUACAAAAAUUUUCUUCAGAGCUGGUCAAGUUGCAUUCUUAGAAAGAAAACGGGCUGAUAGACGUAAAGAUUGCAGCAUACUCAUUCAAAAAACUUGGCGAAAAUACAUAUGCCAAAAAAAAUACUUACAAAUUCGAAAUAGUGCAUUAUUAAUUCAGCGAUAUGGAAGAGGUUGCCUAGAUAGACGGUUAGCAACACAUUUACGAAGAACCAAAGCUGCUACUAAAAUUCAAAAGGUUGUACGAAUGUGGUUAUGUCGUAAAAAGUAUUUACAGUUACAAGCAGCAUUACUUGUUUUGCAACGGUAUUAUCGUGGCUACAAAGCUAGAAAAUUUACUUUAGAAUUACGGCGAAACAAUGCUGCUGUGCGUAUUCAAUCAAUAGUUCGAAUGUGGUUAUGUUAUCGUCAAUAUCAUGAUACAUUAGAUAAAAUUAUUAAAGUCCAGUGUUGCAUUAGGAGAUGGUUUGCAAGAAGAUGCCUAAAAGCAUUAAAGAAAGAAGCCCGAUCAGUAGCUCAUGUGACCAAGUUAAAUAAAGGCUUAGAAAACAAGAUCUAUAUGAUGCAACAAAAAAUCACAGAAUUAAACAACCAAUUGUCUUCAACUAAGUCAUUACAGACUGAACUACUAGAAACUAAGCAAAAAUUAAUAGAGCAAAAACAAAUUGCUUCAGAAUUAAAUAUUGCUAAAAAACAUGCUCAGCAAAUUCAAACUAAGUUUAAUACUUUACAAAUAGAUUAUGAAUCACAGAAAAAAAUUACUGAGAACAUGAUUGAAUCCUGUAAUGAAAAAUGUAAAAACGCUGAACAAAACCUUUUGGAAGCACAAAAAGUUAUUGCUGCAUUAGAAUCUAAUAUACUACUUUUAAAGCAUGAAAAUGAAAACAAUUUAAUAGAAAUUCAAGAGAGUUGGAACACUAAAUUUGACAGUGAAGUUUUAAAAUUUCAACAUGAAAUUGAAGCAGAAAAGAGUAAAUAUCAAAAAUUAUUAUCAGAAAAACGUUCGGUUGAAGAAAAGUUAGAAACGUUUGAACAACAAGAUAUUAAUAUGUGUAGCGAUGGCUUACAUAGAAAUAAAUUUGAUUUAAGUUUUCCAUCUUACCAAGAAAAUGGGUACACAACUCAAGGUGUUAAAAGUAAUAAUUUAGAAAGUGGUGAUUUUAUAAAUCUUCAAAAAACUUUAAAAACUGUUCAAAUGGAAAAAGAUAUGUUAUUAAAAAAAAUAGAAAAUGAUAAAUUAAUUCGAGACCAUUCUAGUGAUAAUGAUAUUUCUCGAUUAAAAGAACAGAAUAACUUACUGCGGCAAAACUUAAAUUCCCUCCGUGAAGCAACAGAAUCAUCAGACAACAAUAAUUUCAUCGUCGCUGAUGAUUUAACUCGACAAUUAGAAACAUUGCAAGAUGAAUUAUUCAAAAAGAAAUCAGAAUGUGUUCGAUUACAAAACCGUCUUGAUGAUACAGCUGAAUCAUUACGUAAGAUUGUUGACUAUGAAACAACAACUUCAUCCUUAACUGAAGAUAGAGAGUUGAAUCAAGCAAUGGAUGCUCAAAAAGCUAUUAAUCGACAUAUUUUAGAAGAGUUCCAAGCAGAGAAAGAAAAAUGGAAAGAAGAAAAAGAAAAUAUGUCCAGUCAACUUGUUAAGUUACUAGAUGAAAAUGAAAAACAACAAGAACUUUUAGUUAUUGAGUUUGAUAAGAAUCCACAAUGUGAUGCUAUUUUGCAAUCAGAUAUGAAUAAACUCAAUUAUGAUAAUUUAAAAUUGCAACAAAAAUAUGAUGAACUUCUGCGAAAGUAUGUGGCGUUGCGAAACGAUAUGUUGUUGGAAGGAAAAGAAAAUUCAACUAUUAAUUUUGAUGUAGUAUUAGACAAUGACAAUUUUGCUAAUAGCACAACUAUUUCUAACAAUGAUGGAACAGUUAUAGCUAAAAAAAAAAAUCGUUCAGAAUUUAUGGGAAUGUUUGAAUGCUCCAUAGACGAUGAUCCAGUUGUAGCCCGAAAUUUAAUUAUUGAGUUAAGACCUGAAACCGCAUUGAAGUUAUUACCAGGUUUACCAGCAUAUAUUUUGUUCAUGUGUAUACGUUACUAUGAUUUUACAAAAGAAGAAAAAAGAAUUGGAUUGUUUUUAACAAAUGUGGCAAAAAACCUACAAAAAGUAAAAAAACGUCAACAUCAAGACACCAUGAUUUUAUGGCUUUCAAACACAAUGAGACUAGUGCAUAUUCUUAAACAAUACAGUGGAGAACCAGCCUUUGCUAAUGAUAAUACAUCUAAGCAAAACUCUCAAGCACUACAAAAUUUUGAUUUAGCAGAUUAUCGUCAAGUAUUUAGCGAUCAUGCUGUGAUACUUUACCAAGAUUUAGUGAUGAAAAUGCAAGAGAGGAUAAGAACAUUAAUAGUUCCAGCUCUAUUAGAGCAUGACUCGCUUGGUAUUGAUAUUGGUAGAAACAUGAGACGUAGUUUAGGUUCAUUAAAAUCAAAUCAAUCACUUUCUAGUCCAACCACAAUUACUUUGGAAAAUGAAUUAAAUACUAUGUACAGUCAAUUAUUGGUUCAUGAGAUUGACCAAGAAGUUAUUGUACAAAUAUUCAAACAACUUUACUAUUUCAUGUGCGCCACUGCAUUAAAUAAUCUAUUAUUACGUAAGGAUUUGAGUUACUGGGCGAAAGGCAUGCAAAUUCGAUUCAAUUUAUCACAUAUUGAACAAUGGAUAAGAGAUAAAAUACUUUAUCCACAAGAUAUUGUUAAUACAUUAUUGCCAAUUAUUCAAGCAUCACAACUAUUACAAGCAAGGAAAACUGAGGAUGAUGUUAACAGUAUAUGUGAAAUGUGUGAUAAAAUGAAUGCAAAUCAAAUUAUCAAACUUCUGACAUCAUUUAAGCCUACUGAUGAUUGUGAGGAACGUAUAUCUAUGGAUUUCAUUAGGAAAGUUAAGGACAAGCUAGAAGAACGGCCAGAAUGCCAAGAUAAGGAAAAAUUAUUAAUGGAUACUAAGUAUGUUUACCCAAUCACAUUUCCAUUUCAUCCAUCCAAUAUAAGACUAGAAGAUAUAGAAUUACCAGAAAAUCUUAAUUUAACUAUGUUAAAAAAGAUUUAAUUAAUUUUGCAUUUAUCUCUUUAAGAAGAUAUUCAUUUUUUCAUACAUUUCUAAAUAUUCAAUCAAAUAAGAAUAUUUAACUAUAUAAAUAUACUUAUUAUUUUGGAUUUUAAAAAACAAGGCUGUGAAAAAUCAAAAUCAAUUUUAUUAUAUUUCUUAAUCAUAAUCUAUUGUAAUUUUUUAACUCGAACAAAAAAUGUAUCUCUAAUCAUAAAGAACUAGAAUUAAUGUCUUUUAUAUAUAAAAAUUAAUAUUAUAAUGUUGUAAUAAUUAUUAUUAUUUAAAAUUCUAUUAACUUGUUGAAAAUGUAAUUGUUAAAAAUUAUAGAUAGUUUUAUUUUAAUCUGUUUAGGUAUUACUACAGCUUUUUUACAAAAUGUGUUUUAAUAAUGCUAUGACAUAACUUUGAAUUUGUAUUUGUAUAUGUUAUACAAUGAAUUUCUCUAUACAGUUUUCCUCAUUUAGAAUGAGAUCAGAAAGAUCAUUAAUAUGGUUUAUGAUACUUAUUUCUACUACUAAAUUCAUAAUUUACAAGAAUUCAUUAUAAGGAAGCUAUGGGUUUCUAACCUCAUGGAAAAUGCAACAAAAAACAUUGCAUUUUUUCGUUAUACAACAUGUUUUUUUGACCCCCAUACAUAAGACAUAUUAAUGUCAAAAAUGGGUUGUAAGUUUUAAAUUGUUGAGGAAAAAUGUAUAAAAAGAUGCAUAUGUGAUAAAUACCGGCUAUUGUCUUUUGAUAACACAAUUACAACUUAUAUUUUUAUUUUAAAAUAUUUGCAUAUUAAAUACAUAAAUUAUCUAAUUAUAAAAAAGAAUUCUAAAGUUAACUUUAUUGCCAUAUAUUUUUUAAUGAAUUAAUUUAUAUUUAUUACUUAAGUGAAAUGUAAUAGUCAAAAAAACGUACUUAGUGUAAUUACAAUAGCCUUUUUAUAAUUAAUAAUAAUAUUGUUAAAUUAUGAAUAAUGUAUUGAAUUGUUACCUAUUAAAUUAAGUUUAAUAAAAUUCUACUGUUAUUCA